AUGAAAAGCCUUCUAAUUUUUUGUGUUCUUUUAAUAAUAAUCGAUUUUGGAGCAAAUCUAGAUGGUAAUCAACUUUUUGAGCUGAAAAUGUCAGAAUCUAACCUAAAAUUAAUUUUGCAGUCGCCACUUGCAGUAUCAAAAUAAAAUUUCGAGCCUGUGAUGGAAAAAAUGAGAAUUUGUGCCCAAAAAACUAUGAAUGUAUAAAUAAUGUGACUUGUUGUCCGAUUGGUGAGAUGAUAUCAAAAUCUGACUGAAAUUUGGAUCAUUUUGAGACUAAAUACAUUUGGGUUUAUGCUCAAAAUGCUCCAAAUUUCAAGUAGACUCGGAAAAUUUCAAAUAUUUCCAGCAAUCAAAAGAUUAGGCAAAUAUAUAACUCGCGCGACAUAUUUGACAACUCAAAAAUGUGACAAACACGUGGCUUUGGACUAUAUUUCUGGAGGCGAAUUUUGUAGUUUGGCUGGAUUUGUGGGACAUUUGGGAGAAUAUGAUUUUUUCGGACAGCCUGUGAUUAUUAGUAAUCAAAGAUGUGCAGCGACUGAGUGAGUGCAUAAUCUGAAAUUGAAUUUUGAAAAGAGAUAUUUGAAAUUUGGAGCAUUUUGAGUCUAGAAUUAGACUCAAAAAUUGUAAAUUGUUAUUUUUUCUGAAAUUCUAAAGAGCCUGAGCAAGAAGGUUUGCUUCAUCUCAAAAAACUCCAAAUUUCAUGCCGAUUCCAAUAUUCCAAUCCACAAAUCUCCUCCCACUUUUUUUGCAGAGAUUGCGACAAAGAUCAUCUAAAUCCAGGAGUCUGUGUAAACGAACACGAGAAAAAUCGAACAUGCUAUCAUGAUCCAUCAAGAAAAAUUGUGAAAUUACCCGAAUCUUGGUCGAUUCACAUUUGGCUAUUUUUUGGUGCUCUUUCAACUUUUUUUCGCUUUUUGCACUUUUUUGACGUUUUUGGUCGAGAAAAUUUGGUUUAG